GUGUCAGGUUUACUCGGAUUUAUUUAGCCUUGGCUGGAGAGAGCAUAAAGAUGAUCAGUUAGUGCUCAUCUCUCCAAGAGUGCCCCGGCAGCACAUUUUAGGAGGGAGAGGACCUGCAAGAGGAACAGCAGCAGAAUUCAGGGAAAGAGAAGGGUUUCAAUGCCAUUUUGUGGGGGAGUGUGGGGCAAUGAGACAGUGAACCUUCCACUUCCAGUUUGGGCCUUUGAUUGCUGGGUCAAAACAUUGCAUUUUUCAGUGGGGACUUUGCAUAUUCGUGCUUGGGAAACUUGCAUUUCUGAUGUGGAUCUCUGUUUCCCGGUUGAAACUUUGCAUUCUACUUGAGCCCAUUAUUUUAUUUCAAAGCUGCGAAAGCUGCUGAGACCUGCCUUCAUCACCUUUGUCUCCCUAUCCCACACAGGAUGUAAGCACAUGAUCUUUGGUCUUCUAUUUGCAUACUCUACUAGUCCUGUCUUCAUUGGAGGGAAGUGACUGGCCAGACCUGGGCUGUCUUGCUGGCUGCCUUCCUUGCUGGAAGGAACUUAUCUCCUAUGUACACAGCUCUUGGAGUUCAGAGACCUCUACUGACCUCUGUCCAACCUCUCCCUCUCUGCACCCAAGCCCCCACUGGUACACACAUGAGCAGAGGCGAGCAAGGGCUAGGAAAGAGGAGAGGAGGCUGGAGACAGGCUGCCAGAGGGCUCAGAAGCCCAGCGCACCUCACUGUCCCAACUCUGUCCACCUGCGUCUGUGGCCACAGCACCAAAAGAGGCAGCAAGAUAGGAAGUGAGGUCCGGUACCUUUUGGACAGUGUUGUCAUUAGCUGUGACACCUAAGAUGUCUCGACAGAUGGGAGAGCUCACCCAAACGAGGUUGCAGAAGAUCUGGAUUCCACACAGCAGUGGCAGCAGCGGGCUGCAACGGAGAAGGGGCUCAUCCAUACCCCAGUUUACCAAUUCCCCCACAAUGGUGAUUAUGGUGGGUUUACCAGCUCGAGGAAAGACUUACAUCUCUACGAAGCUCACCCGAUAUCUCAACUGGAUAGGAACACCAACUAAAGUGUUUAAUUUAGGCCAGUAUCGACGAGAGGCAGUUAGCUACAAGAACUAUGAAUUCUUUCUUCCAGACAACAUGGAGGCCUUACUUAUCAGGAAGCAAUGUGUCCUGGCAGCCCUGAAGGAUGUUCGUGACUAUCUUAGCCGUGAGGAAGGUCAUGUUGCGGUUUUUGAUGCUACCAACACUACCAGAGAACGACGGUCACUGAUUUUGCAGUUUGCUAAAGAACACGGUUACAAGGUGUUUUUCAUUGAAUCCAUCUGUAAUGACCCUGGCAUCAUUGCAGAAAACAUCAGGCAAGUGAAACUCAGCAGCCCUGAUUACAUAGACUGUGACCGAGAAAAUGUUCUGGAAGAUUUUUUAAAAAGAAUUGAAUGCUAUGAGGUCAACUACCAACCCUUGGAUGAUGAACUGGACAGCCACCUGUCCUACAUCAAGAUCUUCGACGUGGGCACGCGUUAUAUGGUGAACCGAGUGCAGGACCACAUCCAGAGCCGCACAGUCUACUACCUCAUGAACAUCCACGUCACACCCCGCGCUAUCUACCUGUGCCGCCACGGUGAGAGUGAACUCAACCUCAGAGGCCGCAUCGGAGGUGACUCCGGCCUCUCAGUUCGGGGCAAGCAGUAUGCUUAUGCCCUGGCCAACUUCAUUCAGUCCCAGAGCAUCAGCUCCCUGAAGGUGUGGACCAGCCACAUGAAGAGGACUAUCCAGACAGCUGAGGCCCUGGGGGUCCCCUAUGAGCAGUGGAAGGCCCUGAACGAGAUUGAUGCGGGUGUCUGUGAGGAGAUGACCUAUGAAGAAAUCCAGGAACACUACCCUGAAGAAUUUGCACUGCGGGACCAAGAUAAAUAUCGCUACCGAUAUCCCAAAGGAGAGUCCUAUGAGGAUCUGGUUCAGCGUCUGGAGCCAGUUAUAAUGGAGCUAGAACGGCAAGAAAAUGUACUGGUGAUCUGCCACCAGGCUGUCAUGCGGUGCCUCCUGGCCUACUUCCUGGAUAAGAGCUCAGAUGAGCUGCCAUAUCUCAAGUGCCCUCUGCACACGGUGCUCAAACUCACACCUGUGGCUUAUGGCUGUCAAGUGGAAUCCAUCUACCUGAAUGUGGAGGCCGUAAACACACACCGGGAGAAGCCUGAGAAUGUGGACAUCACCCGAGAACCUGAGGAAGCCCUGGACACCGUCCCUGCCCACUACUGAGUCCUUUCCAAGAGGUCAAACUGCCUCUGUCCUCACUGUCUUCUACCUUUAAGAGAAGCUGUCCUUGCUCUUCUCCUACCCUUAGAAAACUUUGGACUUGGCCUCCCUGGGAAAGCCCUGCUUCCAGUGAAGAAGUCCUCAGCAGCUCCAAGGCAGGUCUUGAUUUCUAGCUAUAACCAUGGAGCUGUCUAGCUCUGGAUGAAACUAUUUUUCUUAAUUUUUAUUCACGUAUCAAUAAAAACUUCUUUUAGUGCCUAUAAGAGGGGAGACUAGGCCACUGUGAGGCUUCUCCCACAGGAUCAAGAUCCUGA